AUGGCGUCGAACAUCAUGCCUAUGGCACUGGAAGGCGAAACUUUUACAGAGGCACUUCGCGUUGUUUGCGGGUUCUUUCAAGUGGAAAAACUGUACACGUUGCAAAUAAUAGCUCUCAAAAACUUUUUUCUCGGUAACAAUAUCUUUUUCAGUGCUGGCACAGGUUAUGGUAAAUCGUUAGUGUUUCAAGCAAUUCCACUCAUGGCUGAUCUUCUUGAAGAUCAAGUUGUGGGAACCAGUAUAGGCAUAACUAUAUGUCCUUUAGUGUCUCUUAUGCUCGACCAAGUUGCAUAUUUAAAAUCAAUUGGACUGAACGCUGCUGCUGUAUAUAAUGGCCAAGACGAGGAAAUCUUGAGAGACGUGGAAGAAGGUCUGUUUUCUCACAUAUAUGCUACUCCAGAGUCUAUGCUGAGUGUGAAGCGAUGGCAGAAGAUGCUUCAGACACCUUAUUUUAUCGAGCAUUGUAUCGUUGUUGCCAUAGACGAAGCUCAUUGCAUUAGCAAAUGGUAA